CUCUGCUUGGCCCUCGCACUUGCCGUGCCCGGUGACAGCGGCGGAGCUAGCUGACUUUUGUACCAAAGGCGAGUCAGUUAAAAUAAAUUGGAGGGUGAUCUUCUAUCCAGUACGAGCUAGCUGAUCUGUCUGAGUCACGAGCUCCUUUCCAGAACAGUCCAAUACGUACGUGGUGCCACCGACAUGUCUGGACGCCGCGGCGUGCUCACACGUAUCCAUUCUCUUCACGCUCACCGCAACAAGACGCACCUUCCAGCUCGCCACGCGUGCACACGUACACCCCUGCCAUGGACACCGGCCACCAGGACGAUAAGUCCCGUUACAAUCCUGUCAGCUUCACGCUGCAGUAUAAAUAUCAUCCUCAGGCAUAGCACUUGGCUGCAUCAGUCUGCUAUCCAAGUUAGCCAUAACACUUUGAGAUUGUUCUUGAUUUGUACACAAAUUCGGAAAGAGUGUCCAGAGGAGAUCUCGAGACCGAGCCACAACUUCACCCGGCAAAAUGGAGUUCCAAGGGCAGCGCGACAACCCCGCCAACCGCGUCGACGAGCACGGCAACCCGUUCCCGCUGGCCGGGCAUGACGCCAUGGGUGGAGCACACGCUGCUCCUGGCACCGGCGGGCAGUUCCAGCCCAGCAGGGAGGAGCACAAGACCCGUGGCAUCCUGCAUCGCUCCGGCAGCUCCUCCAGCUCCAGCUCCUCUUCUGAGGACGACGGUGUGGGCGGGAGGAGGAAGAAAGGCAUGAAGGAGAAGAUCAAGGAGAAGCUUCCCGGCGGCCACAAGGACAACCAGCAGCACAUGGCCGCGGGAACUGGCACCGGAGCCUACGGGCAGCACACGGCUGCGGGAACUGAUGCCUACGGGCAGCAAGGGCACGCGGGAAUGACCGGCGCCGGCGCCGGCACAGGCGAGAAGAAAGGACUCAUGGACAAGAUCAAGGAGAAGCUGCCCGGACAGCACUGAGCCGCUAGCUCCGGCUGGCUGUUCGCUUUGGCAGCACCGCCUUAAGAGUCUCUGCCUCUUCAAGAUCCACGUGGUGUUUGUUCAAUAAUAAUCGGAUAAGGCUGAACGAGAAAAUAUCUCCGAUCGUUCGUAGCAGAGACCA